AUGGCCUCCGCGCCAUCACCCGCCGCUUCCCCCGCGAAGCCCACCAAGCAAGUCCGCCACAUCGCCAACCCACGUCGGCUGCUCAUCCUCUCCCCAACCUCGCAAUCUGUCUCGGUCAUCCCACCACUCCUACACUCCCUAACCGGCGUACCUGUCCACGACCCUCCACAAAACCAGACCUCAUCAUCCUCCGCUGCCGACUCCCCAACCCCGCCACCAUCCAGCAUCGACGCUAGAACCCCAAACACAACCACAACGACCACCACCACCUUCGCGGGAUAUACAACACACAGCCCACUCAAAAUCCAAUCAAAGUACUACACCGCCGAAAUCCCCGUCUGGGUCGAUGAGAUCCCCCUCGCAACAGAAACACUAGGUACUGUUAACACAGACACGGCCUCUCCAACGGCUGAGCAGUGGCGCACCGAGUUCCAAAGCGCAGAAGCUGAGAUCGUCCGCGAAGCUGUCGGCGCGUUAGUUGUUUGUGUGCGCAAUCCACGCGAUACACCGUCCGAGCCCCCACCAGACACAAAUGGGAAUGCUGAUCCGGCGGAGCGGAAAGAUGUGCGCGCGCUGAGGGACUUGAUGCGCGACGUUGGCGCUGUUAAAGAGUGCAUUGAUGAAGAGCGCGGUGGGAUUGGUGACGUACCUGGUGUUUUUGUGUUGGUGGGUUCGAGACAGACGGGCUUGAAGGCGGCGCAAUCUGCUGAUCCUUCUGAUGAUCUGGGCCUACGGGAUGAUGAAAAUGAGCUGGGCGAUGGUGGCGACGAUGAUGCCCCGUUCUCGGUUGGGUGGUGGGAAGACCAGCUGUUUGAUAUGGGGUUGCUCGGAUGGGAGGUUGUCGAGUGGGAUCCGCGAGAGCAGAAUCUGGAACCGACGAGGAAUCGGUUUGGAGGUAUGCACACACCGGUCGUCAUUUGGAUGCAGCUGAUUUAUUUUUACGAGGGCAUGCCUCGCAUCAAGGAAGUCCUUGAGACACACGACUGGACGUCCUCGGCUGAUACUCUUGAUCCAGAAGCCGGCCUUGAUCUGGACUUUGACGACGAUGAAUUCGGUCCGACAGUCGGGUUUGAUAAUGAAGUCCAUGAACUGGAGCGCGAGAUGUUUGGUCUCCGGAUGGCAAUCGAGCGCGGGGGCGGAGACGGAAACGGAGACGAGGAUGAGCUUGAUCACGAGGAUGAGCAUGGUGAGAUCAAGGUUGAAUCUAUGGAGGCGCUGAUGAUGCGCAUGAGAGCCAUCCGGGAUAUGAGCUCCGAUCUACCGGAACACGAGCGAAAGAGAUUCGCUGCGAAGGCUGUGCAGGAUAUCAUGCGAGAGCUAUGA